CUCUAUCACAUUGAAUUAUGAACGACAUACAUCAGAGAAAAUUCUAAGAAAUGGGUCUUGGAAAGAUGGCUACCAUUUUCAUAUAGAUCUUUGCAAUGCAGAGCGUGUCAAUGAAACUAAAAUGGAUGAUGUUUUUAAGAACAGUAUCAUGCCAUUACUGAGGAAGCAACUUGCUUAUUGUAGAGUUUAUAAAGGAGGAUCGACAUUUUGGAGGCGUCUUCUCGCCUAUUUACACAGGAACAUUAAAUUAUCCCCAUUUCAUAUAAAACCACAAGAUGAAAAGAACAAAUAUAGUGUUUCGUGUGCAAAGAAUAGUUUGAAUUGGACGUAUGACAUGUUAACAGAGACCAGAAAUUUCAUGUUUACCAGAAAUCCUUAUUCCCGUAUUUUGUCAGGGUAUAUCGAUAAAUUAUAUUCACCUAAUCCAUAUUUUUGGAAAACUCUUGGUGUAGUUAUUAUGAAAACUGUUGGUAAAAAACGCUCGUGUGGUAGUGCUGUUACUUUUAGAGACCUUGUGGAAUACAUCAUUCAAACCCCGAUAGAGAAACUAGACGAUCAUUUUAUACCAAUCAAUGCUAUAUGUAGACCAUGCAAAGUCAAUUACCACUAUAUUGGUAAAAUGGAAACUUUUCUAAAUGAUACACUCAAUAUAUUUGAUAAAUUUCAAAUAAACUCAAGCCCUUACAUAACAGAAAAUUUCAGAGAUGAGUAUACAAAGGAUGCGAUUUAUGAUACGGUACAUGCUUUUGUUGCUUUUAGACACGAUUCUAAAAAAUGCAUGAGUCCGUAUACUGGUUUGCUACGAAUUUGGAAGAAGCUGCAGUCUAGGGGAAUAAUUUCUGAGAAUCAAUCUCUUCCCUUAGAUAAAAAAGAAUCGCAAAACAUAGUGUUAUCAAAAUUACUAAAUAUCGUUUCAACCACACACGAACUAUCUAAAAAGGAUAAUCUUUCAGAACAAAGACGGAACCUUUUUAUACAAGCGUAUAAAAGUAUUCCGCUUCCCUUAAUGUACAAAUUACAGAGUGUAUAUCAAGAUGACUUCAGAUUGUUUGGAUAUGAUCCUUUUCCAAAAUCUUUAUUCGGAAAUAGAGCCAACAAAAUGCCUGAUAUGUUUCUAGUAUAAUGACGAUAGAAGUUGAAAGAAAUACAGUUUAUUUGAUAAGGUUUUGCUUUAUUACAAUUGUACAACACAAACAUAUUGGG